GGCUGAACCAGGAAGCGACCAUGGCGGGGUUUCUAUGGUAACACAUAAACUACAUUCAGUGUACUCGACUUUUAAGCCUAUGAAAGUUUGUUUCAGAUAUAUACAUUGUACAUUGUCGCGCAGAACGAUUGCAUUACAAUAUGCUGAUGAAUGCCAAUUGAGUCUAUAAAGUCUGUAUUCGAAAUUAUUUAAAAUGCCAAAAGGAGCAAAUUACAAUCCGUCUCCCGACAGUGAUGGGAAAUGGUUUUCUCAUAGAGGUUUGCCACCAAUCCAGCUGAAAAGACACAUAGCAACAAGCACGGGUUUCAUGCUAAACCAGGUGACCACUGCCCUUCCAUUUCUGCAGGGGGAGAGGUUUCCAAAAACCUUUAUACAACAAGAAGGGAAAACACCAGGGAGAGAAUAUCCAUUUUCGGUUCAUGACAACAGGCUUGCAUUGCAGGACACUAUGCAUGUGUGUGAUUCUGGACUUGGUCGCAAAAAGGCUAAUUGGGAAAAAAGGCAGCACGCAUCCCACAACGCUUUCCUUUGGGCUCCAGGAGCAUUGGGGAGAGAGGACAACUGCACGUGCUAUCAGACAGACUACCUGGGCUGCCAGGACACCGAGUCCCCUGUGUACAGGCGUUACCCCAGAAGCCACACCAGGGGCUCGAGCCACAGUGCUGCCCCUGCUGACAACGACUGUUUGUGGUUCGGGAGGCACAAAGACAAAAACACAAAGCAGCGAGCCCCUCUGCAUGUUCCGGUUGGCAUUCAGUUUCCCUGGAUAUACUCCUACUACACCAAAAGUUUCUCGACUAAAUAUGAGUAGCGGUAAUCUUUGGCGGCUAAGAAUAAAUGCAAAGCAGCUGUUCUUUUUUUGUAAUGUUAUUAUUCUUACACCAUCACCAGCUUUUUAUUUGACCAAAGUCAUGCACGCCACAGUAAGGAUUUAUUUUUUCCUUAACCAGGCACAAGCAACUCAUCGAUUCACUGAGACUCCCACUGAUAACUUUUUAGAAUGAAGCACAAACAGAAAGCUGAACAGUAAUCACAUUAGAAAAUGUAAUAAUUGAUGUAUAACAGCAGAAACAAUCUGCACAAUAAAUCUUCCAAA